AUGAGCUCCGAUCUCUACAGACUCACAGCCAGCGAGAUCUCGGCGAAGAUCAAAGCAGGCGAAACUUCAGUCGAAGAAUACGCAAAAUCACUUCUUGCACGCAUCGAAUCGCGCGAUGAGGCCGUUCAAGCAUGGGCAUACCUUGAUCCCGAGUAUGUUAUCAAGCAGGCGAGAGCGCUCGACGCCAUUCCAACAGCUGAACGAGGACCGCUGCAUGGCGUUGCCAUCGCCGUAAAGGAUGUCAUCUACACCAAGGGUAUGCCUACACAAUUCAACUCACCCAUAUAUGCCGACGACGCGCCACAAGUAGAUGCUGGCUCCAUAGCGAUACUACGCAAGAACGGUGCACUCAUCUUCGGUAAAACAACCACGACCGAGUUUGCUGCAACAACCACCGGCCCAAAAACACGGAAUCCGCACGACCCAAAGCGUACUCCUGGUGGCUCUUCAUCCGGAUCUGGAGCCGCAGUGGGCGAUUUUCAAGCACCUAUUGGUCUAGGUACGCAGACCGGUGGCAGCACCAUUCGUCCUGGCUCGUACAACGGCAUCUACGCCCUCAAGCCCACAUGGAACUCUGUAACCCGCGAAGGCCAAAAGAUCUACUCGCUAAUUCUGGAUACACUUGGUCUCUACGCCCGCAGCGUGGCUGACCUGGAACUCCUCGCCGACGCCUUUGCCAUUCACGAUGAUGCUCCGCCUCCAACAGAUUACACAGUGAAAGGUGCGAAGUUCGCCUUUCUCAAAACGAUGGUCUGGCCAAACGUUGGUCCUGGCACCUCGGCCGCACUUGACAAAGCUGUCUCGCUCCUUCGUGCACACGGAGCUGAGGUCGAGGAGAUUGAGUUCCCAGAGUAUCUGAAUGAGUUGCCAAAUCGGCACGCGACAGUACUCAACUCUGACGGCCGAACUGCGUUUCUUCCAGAGUAUACGGUCGCUAAGGACAAGAUCUCGGAACAGCUCGUAGGCCAUGUUGAGAACAGUGGAAAGAUUUCGCGCAAGGCGCAACUUGAAGCCUUUGACGAGAUCGCAGCAGCAAGGCCGAUCGUGGACGAUAUACUUGGCAGAUACGAUGCCGUACUUACACCGAGUGUGCCAGACGAGGCGCCGUUGGGGAUUGAGAAGACAGGAAGUGCGGCUUUUUGUUUGAUCUGGACAGCACUGCAUACACCAGUAGUAAACGUUCCAGGGUUCAAAGGCGAAAAUGGAAUGCCAAUCGGCAUAUCGCUCGUUGCGCCUCGCUACCAUGACAGACGAUUGCUCGCUGUAAGCAAAAAGGUGGGUGAGAUCUUCGAAGCUGAGGGUGGAUGGAAAUGCUCUGUAUAG